GUAUUGAAUGCAGUUUGUGUUGUUUUGACGCCGCUUCGAGUGGCACUACUUUAGUCCGGAAUCCGUGAGUGACGGUUUCCGAACCGCGGCUUUACGCUUCUUCUUUGUGUCAUAAAAAUUGAUUUCUCAACUUGGAAUAAUUGGAUCCUGCAACUAAGAACGGAAUCAAGGGGAUUUACUGGAGACUGAAGGACGGCUGUUUCGCAAACGGCUUUUUUUUGCACAGAGUGUUGCCAAAACUUGAUUGAUUGAUUGCGAGUUGGCCGGAUAAGAAACUGCCAGUAAUCAUGCCUAAUUGGACUAAUACACGAUGAUGAUGUGUGAUUGGAAAUAAGCGCAGUUACCACCGCUCGGAACAAUGAGCGUGCAGACGGCAACCAGGGGCGCUCCUGCCGGCGCUCCGACCUCCCGGCACUCAUCCAGCCUGUUAGCCUGCGUACGGGAAUCAUCACCUCCAUCUGACCCCGGCGACGAGGCUCCUACCUCCGCGGCUGCCGGUGACUCCAUCAAAAAUGGGUCAACAACCCAUCCUCAGCCAGAGCCGAAGAAGCGCAGAUUCCAUCCGUUCCGCGGACUGAGGAGAAUGUUUCGGCGUGCCCCAAGGGUGCCCGACCCGCCCCAAGGCACUACCGAGCAGGGCGGUGAGGCGGGCAGUCCCGUCGGAGGCGAUCACCUGAUGGUACCAGAAGUGCAUUUACGAUCUCGGUCGGCCAGCGAACUGAUGGACAGCACGCAGGAACUGCGGAAAAGGAGUUCUGGCGGCUUAUCUGGCGGCAGUCACGGUGGAAGUGCUGGUGUUCUCUCAGGGGGCCUCAGUUUGUCGCAUGAUUCAAUUUUCACCUCUGACUCAAGAGCUGGCUCUUCAUCACCCAGAGGUGGCAGCGCCAUGGACAUUCCUGAGACGUACGGUCUGCACCACAACGGAGCAGUUUCUCCGCCCAUUGGUGUGCAUCCAAAUGGGCCGAUCGCCUCGCAUGCAGGAGUCAGGGCCGAGCUGUUUGAAGCGGUGCGCCGCCGAAGGGGCCGCAGUCGCAGUGAGGACGAGGAGGAAGACUUGGGUCUGCCCAGUUCCCCAUAUGGCGUGUCGCCGAACACAGCAGACGACCACAACAACAUGGGAGCACACAGCACUUGCAGCGACGGGUCUCUCCUCAGUAUGGGCAGCAACGAAAUGGACGAGGACUUUCACAAUACUGGAGGUUCUGUUCAGUUGUUUGCCGCCGACAGGUCCCACAGCGAGGGCUUAGCAGACAUGGCGCUCGAAAACGGAGACAAAAUCCCACCGCUGAGCCACAUAGCAGCCAAGCACAAGAUAGCAGUCAGACCGAAGAGGACGCAUGGCCCACCACGGCUCCGGCGGCUCCAAACAACCCAAUCUGUGUUGCCAUCUACUCCCGAGGCUGUUGAGGAAAUAGGCCCUAUUGUUGAUUUCAAAAAAGAUGAUGUCUGUUUGCCUGCUUCUCCGCACAGCCAUGAAAUUAGUCAGGCUGAGUAUUCCGCCUCCUCGCCUGUGGAGCGCAGUGCUCCUUCUUUUGAAGCCAUUCUCGAGCGCCAGCUCAAAUCUGCCUCGCUGCCGCCUGGGCUCGCGCUCGCCGCGGCCGCUAACGCCCCCGCCGCAGAGGUCAAGCUUGCCCGCAGCCACUCGAGCACCGAGCAGCCGAACCCUGCGCUCAUCAAGCCAACCUAUCGCCGCGCCGUGUCAGCCGUGCGCAUCGAGCAGGCCGCCCUGGCCAGCGCCGCCGCCUCAAAGUUCAGUGCCAUGUUUGGGGAAGAAAACAAGCAGGAGGAGGAGGAGGAGGAGACUGCCACAGAAAUCGAGCCUGAGAAAGCUGAGGUGCCAAUCGCAGAGAAGAGGGCCAAGCCAGACAAGCUGGAAAUCGAGGUGGACAGACCGGUGCCCCUUCCCAGACUCUCGCCUGUGAAAAAGGCGGAGGAGGCGACCUCUCCGGUCAAGGAGAUCAAGUCGAUUUUGAAGAAGGACGAGAAGCCAGAGUCGCCAACAAGGAAAGAGGCAAGGUCGCCUCCGAUUUUGGCACCAAAGCCGGAGCCUAGGCGUAUUUCGUCAGCUAGCUCAAGGCAGCGAGUGGAGCCAGUUUUGGUACAACAGAGAGUGGACUUCCCACCGCCCUCUCCAGUGUCCCCUGCGCAUUUUGUUCUCGCGUCGUACACAGACGACUCGCUGGAGGCCAAUAAGGAUUUCGGAGCUCAAUCUCCGAGCUCUCUGGACAGUCUGGAAGACUUCCGCAAGAUGCGAAGUCCCAGUCAGUCGCAGAUGGACAGUUUGGAACGCAAUUUGAAGAUUUCAUCAGACUCCCUGAGCUCUGGGACUGAGCUUUCCAGUACCAGUGACGACGUGCGGCCUACGCCUAAGUUCAGACAGUCGUGGCUGCCCACAAGCGACUCAUCGGAAGACAAAAUUGAGGUGCGGCCCGUGAAACUGCGCGCGGCCAAAAGCAGGCAUUCCGACCCGCCAGUGACGGCCGCGCAGACCGAGUUGCUUAUCAGAAAAUCGUCUUCAGUUGACAAUAUCCUCAGCACCAGUAUUCCUGAGAGGAAAGUUUUGUCGAACGAUAGUGCCAGCAGCUCGGAGGAGGUGAAUUUGCGACCGAGCGAGAUCAGGAGGCGUCUGAAAGAUAACGAAUGGCCAGCAAGGACCGAGAAGGUGGUCAAGCCAAGCACCCCCGAGUUCCUGCGUCUGCAGCUUAACCCUCUGGACAGCAAGCAAGACGCUUGCGUGGUCAAAACUGAGCCAGCUCGCAGAAGCAGCAGCAGCUCUGCUGAAGAGCUGGACAAGUCGAAGAGAGUCUUCCCCAGUCCAACAGCGGUGGAAGUCAAAUCAAUCGUUGAAAGUAAACCGGUUGAGCUCGGACGUAAAAGCCCUGAAGUGAAGGACAAGUCGAGCACCCAUGAGUUCCUGCGUUUGCAGCUGAACCCCGUGGGCAUCAAACAAGAGGCUGCAUCAGCCAAAGUAGAGCCUAUCAGACGGAGCAGCAGCAGCUCAACUGAAGAGCUUGAUAACGACAACAAGCCAAAGCUCUUGAAACAGAGUUUGUCAUCGUCGCGGUUGAGAGUUUUCUCAAAUCCUCCGUCAAUGGAAACCCAUUCCGUGGAGAGGGGAAUUUUCGAGGCCAAACCAAUCGAGCAUAAAGAAAAAGCAGAGGAGCUUCCGAAAAUUAUUAGUCCCGCUCGACUCAACAGAAACGUGUUUAAAACAAAGAAUGUGGAAGUUGAGGUAGUGGCGAAAAAUAAUAACCAUAAGGAGGAAACGUCCCCAAUUCAGAUUCUUCCCAGCAAAAUAAACAUAGUGGAGGGCUUAAAAAGUCAGACAGCACACGCAAAGCCUGUCGAGGAAACUCCCAAAACGGAAAUGAGUCCACAGAUCAAGCCAAUCCAGAAUUUGGCCAGAACUGAGCAGGUCAUCCUGAGAAAGAAACCAGCUACCUCGGAAACGGAUGCCGAGUGCGAACUGUUCAAAGUGUUCGCGAGACGGUCGCUCAAGCUGACAAAGGACUCGGACAACAACAACCUCUCGGUCCAGCUGUCAAGAGAAACCUCAGUCCAGAUUUCAAGGGACAGCGACAAGGAGAACGACGAGGAAGUGAAGCCCGCAGCCUCGGAAAAAACUCUCAACUCGAUCAACAACAACACCACGCCGUCAAGCGUCGCCAACAAUAACAGCCUCAAUCGACGGCCGCACACUGUCAUGAACAGCGUCGAACCUAAGGUGGAAAGACAGGCGCAGGAGAAGACGCCAAGACCGAAAAGCUACUCGGAAAAGAACUGGUGGACCAUCAAGGACAAAGACGUUGAAUUGGUCAAGAACGAAAGCAACUCGGGCACCGCGUCUCUUCCUCCCAAUGUUUCAUCUGGCAAAGCGACCACAAUAACGCCCAAAGUGAAGAAGAAGCUGGAGCAGUGGGAAAAACUGGCCCAGCAAUGAGGGAAAACUGAUUAGCAGCCUAGAACAGGAAAUCACGUGGAAAAAGGACUGUGUCAUGGCGCUGAUCAGAAGACGUACCAAUUACAGGCGACUCUCGUCAGCAACAAUUGUAGAUAGUUUAGCUCACCGUCAGAAUAUUUACACCCGUUUUCCAUUGAGUCAAGCUGGAUUUAUCGGCACUGGUGGCCACAGUUACAAACUAUAUGCAGAUUUUACGACUGUGGAUGACAUAUAUAUUCAUAGCUACCCUGAUUAAUGAUUUUUGUACUUUUUAAAGUAUAUUUAGGCGUUAUAUAAUAUACUAAUUAAUAACGUGGGGAUGCAAAAGCUUGGAUACACCAUUUUACAAAAUGUAAUUUCCUGUGAUUCUAACUGAUAAACAAUAACCAUCAUACGCAAACAAAUUUUCAAUUGAGCACAUAUGAAAUACGUGAAGAUUAAAAUUGGGCAAAAUGGUGGCAGAAAUGCACACCCCACGAUCCAAAUAGCAUUUCUGUGCUAAGUCAGUUUCAAAUUAUUCCACACUUACGCCUCCUGAAAAUAGUAUUUUGUAUCCUACAUUUAUGUAUUGAAACUAAGUGAGCAAUGCAAAGCAGAGAACAUUAUACUUACUGUGUCAACUUAAGUGGAAUAUAUACAUAGCACUGUAGUUGAAUGUGAAAACUUGUAUGCCUUAUUUUGCUCCUAUUUUCCACGAAGAGAAAAAUAAUUAAAUUGUGUUUUGAGAAUAUUGGAGUGUCCUACUAAAUUUUGUGUCUGUAUAUUAAAAUUUUAUCGCAAAGAUAUAAAGGGCACAUUUUUGCAUUCCCGCAAACUUUACUGGUGAUUCCUAAUCAAGACGGAUAGUUUUUCAAAAUAUUUAGAUGUUUCUGGAUGAAACAAAUAAAAUGUAUCUGGUAAUGUAGCUGGAAAAUAUGAUAAUCACGUUCAGAGGACCACGGGAGGAUCAGUUGGUUGACCCAAAAUUUUUGCUUGCUGCGUAUUUUUUGUAAAUGCAGUUCAAUUAGACGCGGACAUAUCUCUUGAUGAGCAUGCACUCUAUUUUUUGCUAGAAAAUUUAUUGCUGAGUCGGGAUCACAGUGUGGGGGGAGCUGUAGAAAACUAAUUGUCUCAUUUUUUGUCUUUAAUUUGUAUUGCUGACAGCAUUAAAAGUGCUCUCCUCUGGUUCUUUUUUCUUUUGUAUUUUAGACUUGAAGCUAACUAAGUAAAUAAUCUAGGAAACAAAUUGAAACACUUACGCAGUAACUAACCUUUUGAGCUACUUUCCAUGGUGAAUAUAAUAAAUUAAUAUAAUUUUUAGUUGCAAGACGUGACAAAAUUUUUUGUAUUUUAGGUGUCUAGUCAGAUUUGUUAAUUAUAAUUUUUGCCUGUGUCAAAGCUGCAUUUUUUAUUUGAGUUAAAGUAAUUUGUCUUUUCUUAUUAGGAUACUUUUGUUUCCCACAGAAGAGCUGUAGGUGGUGAAUACAGCCAAGCAAGCAAACAUGUUUUCUACGAUUUGUUUUAUCUCCAUUAUUGUUGAUGUAGUUAAUACUUUUUUAAUUGAUUGGUAUUUUUCUUUUGCUGAGAAAUUCUGAACAAAAUGCAGAGAAUUAAGUAUAUGUAACGCGUAUUAAGUUAAACUAUUAAUUGUACAGUCAGCAUGUAUUAUUUGCUACACUUGUCUAAUAAAGGCACUUGCAAAACAUAUGCAAUGUGCGGAAGACCCUGUA